GAUGGCGGCCGCGGCUGCGGCGGCCGUUGUGGCCUGCCUGCUCGUGAGCGGGGCGGGGGCGGACAUCGCGGGGGACGAGGCCCGCGAGGCAGCGGCCGUGCGGGGUUUGCUGUCGCGGCUGCUGGGGCCCCGGGCGGCCGCGGGGUUCUCGGUGGCGGUGGAGCGCUCCCUGGCGCCGGCCCCAGGCGAGGACACGUUCCGCCUGAGCGGGGGCGGCGGGAGACCCGUGCAGGUGGCCGGCUCCAGCGGCGUGGCGGCCGCGGCCGGGCUGCACCGCUACCUGCGCGACUUCUGCGGCUGCCACGUGGCCUGGUCGGGCGCGCAGCUCCGCCUGCCCGAGCCGCUGCCCGCCGUGCCCGAGCCGCUCACAGAGACCACGCCCAAUAGGUACCGCUAUUACCAGAACGUGUGCACGCAGAGCUACUCCUUCGUGUGGUGGGGCUGGGAGCGCUGGGAGCGCGAGAUCGACUGGAUGGCCCUGAACGGUAUCAACCUGGCGCUGGCCGCCGUCGGGCAGGAGGCCGUCUGGCGGAGGGUGUACUUGACUUUGGGCCUGAAUGAGACAGAGAUAGAUGAGUACUUCACUGGCCCAGCCUUCCUGGCAUGGGGGCGCAUGGGCAACCUGCACACCUGGGGUGGCCCUCUACCUUCCUCCUGGCACCUUAAGCAAUCUUACCUGCAGUACCGGAUUCUGGAGAGGAUGAGAUCUUUUGGGAUGAAGCCAGUGCUCCCUGCAUUUUCUGGACAUGUCCCCAAGGCAUUUACUAGGGUGUUCCCUCAGGCCAACGUCACCAAUCUGGGCAUGUGGGGCCACUUCAACUGUUCUUACUCCUGCUCCUACCUCUUGGCCCCAGAAGACCCCUUGUUCCCAGUGGUGGGGAGCCUCUUCCUGAGGGAGCUGACUCAGGAGUUUGGCACUGACCACAUCUAUAGUGCUGAUACCUUCAAUGAAAUGGAGCCCCCUUCCUCUGAGCCAGCCUACCUGGCUGCUGCCACAGCUGCAGUCUAUGAGGCCAUGAUUGCAGUGGAUGUUGAUGCUGUGUGGCUUCUCCAGGGCUGGCUAUUUCAACACCAGCCCAACUUCUGGAAACCCCCCCAGGUGAAGGCUGUGCUGAAGGCUGUGCCCCUUGGCUGCCUUCUCAUCUUGGAUCUGUAUGCUGAGUCCCAGCCUGUCUACUCCCGCACUGACUCCUUUUAUGGCCAGCCAUUCAUCUGGUGCAUGCUGCACAAUUUUGGGGGAAACCAUGGGCUUUUUGGGGCAUUGGAUGCCGUGAACAGGGGACCCUCAACUGCCCGUCUCUUUCCCAAUUCCACCUUUGUGGGUACAGGCAUGGUCCCAGAAGGCAUCAACCAGAAUGAAGUAGUUUAUGCCUUGAUGGCUGAGCUGGGUUGGCGGAAGGACCCCUUGCCUGACCUAGGAGCUUGGGUAGCAGGCUUUGCAGCCCAGCGAUAUGGGACUCCCAACUCCCAUGCAGAAGCUGCCUGGAGGCUGCUGCUACAAAGUGUCUACAACUGUUCUGGUGAUUUGUGUACUGGCCACAACCGCAGCCCAUUGGUGAAACGACCAUCCCUUCACCUGGACUUCUCUGUCUGGUAUAACAGGAGUGAUGUGUUUGAGGCCUGGAGGUUGUUGCUGGAAGCAGCCCCAGUGCUGGCAAGCAGCCCUGCCUUCCGCUAUGACCUGCUGGAUGUCACGAGGCAGGUGGCCCAGGAGUUGGUGAGCCUGUACUAUCAGGAGCUCAGGACAGCAUUUGAGGCAGGAGCAGUGCCGGCCUUGCUCACUGCUGGUGGCCUGCUGGUCUUUGACCUACUGCCCUCCCUGGAUGAGCUGCUGGCCAGUGAUGAGAGGUUCCUUCUAGGUGGCUGGCUGGAGCAGGCCCAGAAAAUGGCAGUCAGUGAGGCUGAGGCCUGGCAUUAUGAGCGGAAUGCCCUCUACCAGGUGACCCUGUGGGGGCCCACAGGGAACAUCCUCGACUAUGCCAACAAACAACUGGCAGGACUGGUGGCUGGCUACUAUGCUCCCCGAUGGAAGCUCUUUGUGGAGAUGCUGGUAAAGAGCCUGGUUGAGGGCGCCCCCUUUCACCAGAGCCAGUUUGAGAAUGAAGCCUUGCUGUUGGGGCAGAACUUUGUCUUGGGUGGGGAGAAGUUCCCCAUCCAGCCUCAGGGUGACACUGUGGACUUAGCCAAGAAGUUUUUUCUCAAAUAUUACCCAAGGUGUCAAGCAAGAGCUGUGUGACUUACCCCCUCACCUGUACCACCUGAGACCUCCAGUAGCUCCUUGUACUUUUAAGCUCCCUCCUACGAUCCUAAACCCUUUCAGAGGCCUAACUUGGGACCCCUGGGAGGGGAUAGGUUAUGAAACCAUGCACAAUUUUUGGAGGUCGUCUCUCUCCCUUGCUUACAAGUAGGCUCUGUCUGGUACCUAGAGUCAGGAACUGAACUGGGCUCACUGAAGACACCCUUUUACUAUGGUGAGGGAAGAGGAGGGAAGGUCUAGUAUAGAAAGUGGGUCUCAUGAAUUGAGAAUAAUGGAGCAGACUAUCCUUGCCAUUUUCUCCUUUACUCCAAAAAUGGACAUCAAGCCAUUUUUUAUACCAAUCAAUAAAGCAGCAUUUCUGUCUAGGGCUGUGCUUAGAGGAGGCAGAGGAAGCAGUAAUGAGUGUUGAUAGGACAGCAAUAUGAGUACAAUGGACAAAGUCCAUCUACCCCUUCUCUGCAUUCGCUGCCAGAGCAGCUAGAUUUGGCUCCUGCCUCUGCCCCUUCCCUCAGUUUCUGCCACCCAGCUUUCAGAGGUGAGACCUUGAGAUGCCUGUCAGCAGAUUAGGUUUGGGGACAGAGGGGGGAAAAGUGUGAAGAAAGGGGCAGUGAAGGCUCACUGGCCUUGAUAUAAUGAAGUGGACACAACAGAGGUGGCACCCUUGAGGCUCAAGGGCAGGGCCAGCCUCUUCUCCCUGGCAUUAGCUCUUUUGCCUCUCUCAAGUCCUUCCAGCUACCCCUUGCCUGUCUCAAAGCUUUUAUCUUCCUUAUCUCUGUCUGCCCUGUCUCUUUCUAUGGAGCAGAAGGUAUUUCUCAUCACAUUCGUUUCCUCCAGAAUUGGUCUGCAUUUGGCGAUGUGCUUGCCAACUGAUCCUUCAGGCAGCUUUAAAGGUAGGAGGAUAGCAGAGGCCUAAGACCAGCUGUGGAGGUGGGGGACAGAGUCCUUGGUUGGAGCUGAGGAGGGAAGGGAAGCUUUGUCUCUUGGAUGGAGAUCCUAAUUCCAGGUCAUCUACCCCACAGGGGUUCAGGCAGGAGACAGACCUGGGCACUGAUUAGGCCUGAGCAUCAGGGCAUUUGACCUUUAGCUCAGCCUUCUCUUCCCUCUUGUUCUCUUCCUGACACCAAAUGCUUGCACUUUAAUGCAGUUUACUGGCUAGCAGGUUUGUGCCAGAGGGUAUGUGUGAGAGUCUAGUUGUGUUGCUGUCACCCUUCAGGGUCCAGUGAAUAAGCAGGAUACUCCUGGGCAUCCCCAUCCCACUGAGGGAUAGCCCUGGGAGUCCUGUCCCAGGUCUCUAAUUAAAGAUUAUGUGCCUCUUGCCCUAUCCCUCUUGGUACAAAGAAAGGGUGGAAUCUGCUUUGCAUCUAGAGUCAAAACGCCUUGGGGUUAAAUUUGGAUGCUGCUACUUCCUAGCUAGGUAACAACUUGGAUCCUCAGUUUUCUCAUGCAAAACAAGACAGUUGGAUCUCUAAGUUCCCUUCUAGCACAGAUGGUUCUAUGCUUUUUUAUGAUUUGUGGACUUUGCUUUGAUUUCACAUAAUUCUGGAGUGGAAGAAGAAAAGCAAACUUCUAUGUUGAUUACAUGCAUGUGUAUAUUUUUUCCUCUACUACUAAAAAAAUGCUUAAAACACAAGAAACUCACAAGUUCAUAUUAAAUACCUAAACCUAUGAUCUACUAUACUCUUCAAAUAAAUGUACUUUAUGGA